GGGAGGGAGUCAGAGGCUUGGCGUUCCCAGAGCUUGGCGCCUCGUGACUCGCGCGAGCCGAUGAGCGUCCGACUCCAGGUUGUGGACGUGGAAGGCUUGCGCCAGCAGCUGCCCCUGAGCCGGCAAGACUCCAGCACAGAAGCCCGCGAGCGGCUGUUCAAGGAGUUGGUCGUGCGAGCCAACUGCCUGGUGCAGAUGGGGCAGACCAAGGCCAGCAAGGCCAGGAGCCGUGCCUGGAUUGGCACGCUGAGCCUGGAGAACUUGAGGCCCCUGCUGCGGCAAGCUUUGGGCUCCAAGGUGGACUGCGACAGCUCAAGCUUCAACGAGCUGGCGGACCAAGCUUGCCAUGUGGCGAGGACGUGGUUUGAGCCGGUCAGCGCCACGGACCAUGAGUGCGUGGACUUGAACCAGUGGCACGUCCUCUUGUUUGCCCUGGCGACCGGCUUGGGCCUGGCAUCUGCUGCACCGUGGCAGCCUUCGAAGAACGGCUGGACCUUGGAACUGCCGGACUUCGCCAACCUUUGCCAACGUCUCGCCACCGGCACCACGAGGCUUUCCGACUACCCCAUACCGGAGGCGGUGCAGGAGAAGCUCCGGUCCUGGGCCUCUGCGCCUUCAGAAGCGCCGCUGGACAUGGAGGGCGCUCCGAACUUCCAGCUGUUCCUCCAGCGCCUGGUCACAAGCCAGCUGCCCUACUGGCAUACAGCGGAAGAAGAGCUUCAAACCCGCAAGAGGGCCUUUCAGCUGCUGAAGCUCAUGAACAACACGCCCUCCCUGCCCAACUCGGUGCCGGGAAAGCUCACGCCGCGAAGCUCUUGCGCCAGCGUGGCGCCGCUGCUGACUUUGCCGCCCUCGCAGUGGCAGUCCGCCACCAGGCGAUCCUUCCCGGAAAAACGCAGAGAAGUGCCCGUGGCACCGAAGUUUGUGUGGCCCUUGACCACGAAUUGAUGCAGACUUUGCCUGAGUGCCGGGAAUCGCCGAAGACGGGGGGCACAUGUUUGCCUUCAGCGUGAGCACUUCGGAGUUGUGAGCAGUCAGGUGCCACCAAGAUUCUCAUGUCACUUGGGCAAUGUCACAAAAUCUCCCUGGCUCACACCGCGCGGCGCAGUACGAGGCGUCCACGCCGCCCGAAAUCAGGACGAAUUGGUCUUUCGGGCUCCUGAGUAUUAGGGCAAUGGGAACACCAUGCCCAAGACAUCCCCUGGCCUUUGCCAAAGCUAGCAGGCCGAGUGGAUCCCAAUACAAAGUAGCCGAUGCAGUUGCAGCCGCUCCAUUUCUAUGUUUCACCUUUGCCCGAAGACCGGGCCCAAAUGGUGCAUUCGGGGGCUCUGGGGUGGGGCCGCAUCUCAGCUACGCAAGGCAUAGGUUUUUGGCGGUGG